CACACACGAUGCCCACCGGACAGUGUAUUUGCGGUCAAAUCAAGUACGAGUACUCAGGUGACCCAGUCAUGAAGGCCAUCUGCCAUUGCUCGACAUGUCGCCACGUCAGUGGAAGUGUAUUCACAACAAACGUCCUUGUCCCAGAAGACAAGUUCAAGAUCAUUUCUGGAAAGAAGCCAGCGACGUAUGCCACGAUUCAGGACAGCGGCAUGACUUUGACGUACUCCUUCUGUGGAAAUUGUGGCUGCAACCUCUUCAAGCUCGGAAGUGGAGAUGCCUUCAAGGGAGUCGUUCUCAUUCAAGCAGGGUCGCUCGAUGACCCGGAAGAGGUUGAGAGGGCUGAACCGCAGGCAGAGCUUUACGUCUCCAAGCGGGUGAAGUGGUUGCCGACUCUGGCUGGCAAGGACCAGGUGUUGGAGUUUCCAGGGUAA